CCUCCCCUCUCUCGCCUCCAUCAUCCACUGUCCUUGGCACCUCAAGCACCUCAUAUCGUUCAAUAACCCCUCACUCCAUACCCAUAACUCUCCGCCAUGAGCUUUGCUCAGCUUCCAAACAUAAAAUUUGCGCCUCUUAACGUCCCGUUUCCCAGGCGACGCCAGACCGCCGCCGUGGCCAUGUGGAUGUUCCUCGUUCCCCUCUUCGUCGUCAUCUUCCUGGCUGUACUUUUCACCCCUCGGCUGACGCUCUUGGCCCUUGGAUAUCUUGUCUUCAUAUUUAUCGAUAAGUCGCAUGAAACGGGUGGGCGAGCUGUCGCAGCCUUCCGCAAGUUCAUCUACUGGACGUGGGUCAAGGACUUCUUCCCCAUCAACCUCGAGAAAACCACUGAUCUUGAUCCCGCCAAGAACUAUAUCUUUGGCUAUCACCCGCAUGGCAUCAUCGGGCUUGGCGCCUGGAUCAACUUUGCCACCGAGGCCUCCCAGUUUUCUGAAAAGUUCCCUGGCAUCAACUUGCGGCUCUUGACUCUCGAGACCAACUUUUUAAUCCCCCUCUGGCGCGAGGUGCUGCUGUCUCUCGGCAUCUGCUCCGUCAGCCGAAAGUCCUGCGAGAACGUACUCAAGAAGGGCCCCGGAAACAGCAUCAUGAUCGUCGUCGGCGGUGCUGCCGAAGCGUUGCAUGCCUUCCCUGGAACCAACGAACUCGUAAUCAAGAGUCGCUAUGGCUUCGUCAAGCUUGCGCUGCGAAACGGUGCCUCACUCGUCCCUGUGUAUUCCUUCGGGGAAAAUGAUAUCUGGGAUCAGGUUCCCAACCCAAAAGGAUCUGUCGUCCACACAGUCCAGACUUCGUUCAGGAAAUACUUUUCUUUUUCUUCUCCUCUGUUCCAUGGCCGCGGCUUCAUCAACUACGAUUAUGGACUGUUGCCCUACCGACGACACGUCGUGUCCGUUGUUGGUACCCCCAUCGACUGUCCCAAAACCGAGUCACCGUCGGAUGAGCUUGUCCAAGAAUACCACCAGAAGUAUCUGGAGGGCCUCCAGGCUAUCUUUGACAAGUACAAGGACCAGUACGCCAAGGACCGCAAGGGCGAUCUGACCUUUAUCUAGUGCCCGUCUGACGUUGAUGGAAACCCGGACUGCCCUUAGCCGCCAACUUUGUUAGAGAUGGAUAUCCUGCGAUUCGAGAUGUCCAUAGGCAUGCCCGAAACACAUAUACACACAGCUGGAAUAGAAUGUAUUUUCGCUUGGAUCAAAAAUAUUUUGUUUGAAUAAAAUCAGAA